AUGCGCUUGCUGGAAGAAGCAUCUGCGUCGACUUUAGACUCGUCCAAAGAGUCAAUCAUCAGCGACUACACAAAGUACUGCUGGAUCACCGAGGAGGACUGGGCCCAAGGCUACGACGCGGACGCUUUCCCGGCAGCGUGUCUGAACUUGAUGAACACAUACUGUUACUACAGUGAGGGCAUGCCGUCUCCCACACCACUCACCCGCGCUCCCGCCGUCUGCACGCCGGACAGGAGUCAGUACACCCUCCAGCCAGCGCCGGACCCCGUCGUCACCCCGACCCCGCAUCAGCCAAAUCUCACCCCCGGAUGCAGCAACUUCCACAAAGUUGCCAGCGGCCAGUUCUGUGCCGAUGUUGCCAGUGAAUACGGCAUCGACCUGGAUGACUUCUACAAGUGGAACCCUGACGUGGGAUCGGACUGUCGCAACCUGCAGCUCGGCGUGUGGGUUUGUGUGGGGUACGACGAACGGCUGGUCCCCACCGUAACGCCGGCGGCUAGGGUUACAGGGAGAUGA